AUGUCAUCCGGCAGCCAGAAGUCGACUGUACAAUGUGCCGUGUGCAAAAAGGUGAAGACUGGAAAGAUGGUGCAAUGCGACGCAUGUGACCAAUGGAGUCAUUUUGCAUGCGUGGGCGUAGAUGACAGCAUUGCAGACCUGCCUUGGAGUUGCGAAAAAUGCAACACGGUAAUGCAGGUUUCAGAAGCGGUUCCGAAUAAGGCACCAAGUGAGGAGGACUUGGUAAGUAAGGGCGGUUCAAUCAUGUCAAGAAACAGCAUGAGAAUCGAACUGCAGUACUUAGAAGAGCAAAGAAAAGCCGAAAUGAAAUAUAUAGAAAAGAAACGUACAAUAAUGCUGAAGUAUGUAGGCGAGGAUGAUGUUAAGGGUGAAGGCAUGAGUGAGGUAAGGACACAUAGGACGCUAGAAUGGGUGAAGAAGCAGGUUGGUAUGAACAACGAUGACAGCAAGCCAAACGAAGGUUGUGGUGUUCAGUUGGGUGGUUCAGCUGAUAGGGCGGAAGCCCAAGCAGUAUCGAAAGUUAUACCGGCGCUGAUGAUAGAACAAAUUAAUGCGCGUCAUGUCGUUCCACGAGAUUUGCCUAUAUUUACCGGAAAGCCGGAAGAGUGGCCACUUUUCUACAGCAGUUUCAGCAAUUCAACACGUUUAUGCGGUUUCAGUGAAGACGAGAAUCUUUUACGAUUGCAACGUGCCCUUAAGGGUAAGGCACUUGAAUAUGUUAGCAGUAGGCUCAUGAUACCAGCAUUAGUGCCGGAAAUAAUGUCAACUCUUCAAAUGGUAUUUGGAAGACCAGAACACAUAAUCAAUAACUUAAUUACUAAAAUUCGAGCAGUGUACAUUAAUAUAAAUAAAUUGGACACAAUUGUUACGUUCGCCUUAGAGGUAAAAAAUUUGAUCGCAACUAUGGAGGCUUCAGAGUUACAUUCACCCUUAGUGAACCCGUUGCUUAUCCAAGAGCUUGUGGAAAAACUACCACCGCAGAUGCGAUUGCAGUGGGCUGUUGCAUCGCGUAAUAUCAAUGUAACACUUAAAACAUUCGGCAACUGGAUAUAUGAACUAGCAGAAGCAGCAAGUAAUGUAUCGCCCGUUUUUAGUGCUGGAGCCAGUGUAGAUAAUGAAAGGCGCAAAGCGCAACGCAUUAAUUUUCACGAAGAAGAACCUCAGGGUGCAGUAGGCGAUAAGCACAAAAUUCUAGCAUGCUUUUAUUGCAAGGAGGCACAUGCGUUGAAAAAGUGUGCAAAGUUUAAAACACUAAAAACAGACGCGAGGUGGAACGUAGUGCGUGAAAUGAGACUAUGUGGAAGAUGUCUACUGCAGCAUGAUUUUCGAACAUGCAAGAGGACCCGAGAGUGCGGUAUACACAAUUGCAACAUGAAACAUCACCCAUUGCUACAUAAACAAACAAGUUCAACUGCAAGUGGGGCAAAUGAAACGUUGGCGGUUCAUCAUCAACUAACUUCACAAGCGCUGUACAGAAUUGUUCCAGUUACAAUAUAUGGAAAUGGUGUUACCUGCAACAUUUAUGCCUUUCUGGAUGACGGAUCUGGUCCAACGUUAAUAGAAAAAGACGUAUUAAGACAACUGCGGAUUAAAGGUGAAACGAAAGAUCUUUGUUUACGAUGGACAAAUGGUACGGUACGCAAGGAACCUGAUUCUGAGCUGGUCAACCUGCAAGUCUCCAAAAUACGCGAAGGUAAAAGGUAUUCGUUGUGCAAUGUGCGUUCAGUAGCUAAGCUGGAGCUACCCGAGCAAUCUUUAAAUAUGACAGAACUUACCGAUAAGUAUAAACACUUAAAGGGACUACCAGUAGAAUCGUAUCAAAACGUUAGGCCUCGAAUGAUAAUCGGCCUAAGCAAUAAAGAGGUAGCUAUGCCAAUGAAGUUCAGAGAGGGAGGCAAGAAUGAGCCAGCUGCAACGAAAACUCGACUCGGUUGGACCAUAUAUGGAAUAAUUAAGCACGAACCUAAUACUAUUAGGGAAACGUUAAAUUUACACAUCUGUGAAUGCGAUGAUGAUCUAAGUUUGCAGCGUUUAGUGAAAGAUUUUGUCAGUAAUGAAAACGUUAUUGAAAGUAAGAAAAAACUAGAAAAUAUGGAGUUGGAACAACAAAGAAGUAUGCAAUCAAAAAUAAGUCGAAAUGGUGAAUACUUUGUAACAAGAUUGCUUUGGAAAUCAAAUAACAUUACUAUGCCGGAUAAUUACUUAAUGGCGUUGCGUAGACUUCAGUGCUUUGAGCGCAAGCUGCAAUCCAAUGUAACAUUGCAAAGCUGGGUAUGUGAUCACAUCGAUGACAUGAAGGCGAAAGGUUAUAAACGCCAGCUGAAACCUAACGAAGCCGAGGGGUGUUAUCCACGUAAAUGGUACCUACCGAUGUUUACAGUCAGUAAUCCGAAUAAACCACAAAAGCAAAGACUAGUGUGGGAUGCAGCUGCACAAUAUGACGGAGUCUCGUUAAAUGCGUGUUUGGAGAAAGGUCCAGAUCUGCUCACUUCGUUGGUAGAUGUUCUUGUUAAUUUCAGAAUCGGAAAAAUUGGUAUAAGUGGCGACAUUAAAGAGAUGUUUCAUCGAGUACUCGUGAAAGAAGAAGAUCAACAUUCACAACGCUUCCUGUGGAGAAAUUGUGACGAUAGCAGACCACCAGAUGUUUAUUUGCUACAAGUUAUGAGUUUUGGGGCAACAUGUUCACCAUCGUUGGCACAACUGGUAAAAAAUAGUAAUGCACGCGAAUACGAAACCGAGUUUCCGCGAGCAGUGAAAUGUAUUUUACAAAGGCAUUAUGUAGAUGACAUGCUGGAUAGCGUCGACACAGUGGAGGAAGCGAUUAAUCUAGUCAAUGAGGUUAGAAAUAUUCAUAAGAAAGCAAAUUUCCAUAUUCGCAAUUGGGUUUCAAAUUCUAACGCAGUGCUGAAAGCUAUAGGUAACCAAGGCCAGGAAUUUCAAUUUUGCUCGGCCGGAAGGCGUAUAGACCAUACAUUUGAGGCAGAGAAGAUAUUGGGAAUCCAUUGGCAAACCGACACUGAUAUGCUCACAUUUGAUCUGAAGUUUACCAAAGCCACUGAGGAUGUUCUAAGUGGAUAUAGAUUACCUACGAAGAGAGAGUUGCUACGAUUGAUGAUGUCAAUAUUCGACCCUUUAGGGAUGCUUACCUUUUACAUUAUUGACGUAAAAAUUUUGUUUCAAAAAGUUUGGCGAAGUGGAGUUAGCUGGGAUGACGCUAUUCCUAAUGAGCUAGUUGAUGAGUGGAACAAAUGGCUGUCGCUGCUUGGCGGUGUGAAAAAUGUGAAGAUACCGAGAUGUUACUUCGCUACGGUUAAUAAGGAUGCAGACUCCAUUGAAUUGCAUGUCUUUGUGGACGCAAGUGAGGUUGCAUAUGCAGCGGUGGUGUACCUAAGAGCGAAGAAUCGCAACAACAUAGAUGUUUCAUUGAUAUGUUCUAAAGCAAAAGUUGCACCAUUACGACCAAUAUCAAUUCCAAGACUGGAACUACUCGCGGCGGAAUUGGGAGAACGCUUAGGAAACAACAUAAAAAGGGCAAUAGAUUUGAAAGUGACCAGUAUAACGUAUUGGAGCGAUUCAAAGGCUGUUCUAUCGUGGAUAAAAUCUGACCCACGAGAUUACAAACAAUUUGUAAUGUUCCGCAUAGCAGAAAUCCAGGAGUUGUCCGAAGCAGAACAAUGGCGGUACAUUCCUACAAAAUUAAAUGUUGCGGACUUGGCUACAAAACAAACUAGUAAUCCAGACUUUACUUGGAAAAACCCUUGGUAUAAGGGACCGAAGUUCCUGUAUGAAGCAGAAACUUGUUGGCCAAAUAAUGUUGGCGUACAGAAAUAUAACGAAGAUGCUGAAAUCAGAAAGCAACGAUUGUUGGUGGCUCAUGUAGCAGAGGAGGAACCUCUCAUAGAUGUCUACCGAUUUUCAAAGUGGGAACGUUUAGUUCGAUGCAUGGCCUAUGUGAAAAGAUUUAUGUCUUUACUAUCAACUAAUGAAAUGAAAAAGAAGAAAUCUGUAAACCAAUGCUUGUCAGUUGAGGAACUGAAAUGGAGUGAAAAUUUCUUGUACCAGACAGCCCAGUUACAGGAUUACAAGAAAGAAAUGACCGCAUUAAAUAGAGACGCUAAUAUUACUCUUUCUAAAAUUAGCCCUUUGCGAAAACUUUCACCAUUCAUAGAUGCACAGAAUGUUUUAAGAUUAAAAGGUAGAUUAGAUAAAGCCGUAUGCAUCGAUGAUUCAACCAAAUUCCCAAUUAUACUAUCAAGGAAAAACUACAUAACUAAGUUGAUCGUAGACUGGUAUCAUCGAAAAUGGAAACAUCUAAAUCAUGAAACGGUGGUUAACGAAAUCUUUCAGAAAUACCACAUUCCGGGACUGCGUAGACUGUUAAAGCAGGUAAGAAAUAAUUGCCAACAUUGCAAGGUUCGCGAUGCGAGUCCAAAGCCGCCGGAGAUGAGUGUGUUACCAGAAGCACGACUAUCAGCAUACUCCCGACCAUUCUCACAUGUUGGAAUAGAUUAUUUUGGCCCGUAUACUGUAACAGUAGGAAGGCGCUCAGAGAAGCGCUAUGGCGUCGUUUUUACAUGCCUUACGUGUCGAGCAGUGCAUUUGGAGAUAGCUUAUAGCCUGUCAGCCAGCUCGUGUUGUAUAGUGAUACGAAAUUUCAUAGCCCGAAGAGGAGUGCCGAAUGUCAUCUAUAGUGACAAUGGAACAAACUUAACAGCAGCUGAAAAGGAGUUACGAGAAUCAAUAAAAAACGUGGACUUCAAUGAAUUGCAAGCUGAAUUUACAAGUCCGGAAACACAAUGGGUUUUUCUUCCACCAGCUGCGCCGCACAUGGGUGGAGCGUGGGAGCGGAUGGUGCGAUCCAUAAAAACAGUGUUAGGAGCAAUAAUAAGCCCGCAAGCAAAAAUUAAUGAUGAAAAGAUGCAUAACCUGUUCUGCGAGGUAGAAUCAAUCAUAAAUAGCAGACCGCUCACUUAUUUGUCGAUUGAAACAGCAAGCGAAGAAGCGUUAACUCCGAAUCAUUUCUUGUUGGGGUCAUCUUCCGGGAACAAGCCGCCGGGGAAGUUCGAUACUAACCACGAGCACGUGAAAUCCUCCUGGAGGCAUUCGCAAUACCUUGCCGAUCGGUUCUGGAAAAAAUGGAUACAAGAGGUGCUUCCAACGAUGACAAGACGGACGAAAUGGUUUGGUAAGAUAAAACCCAUCGAAGCAGGUGAUGUCGUCAUUAUUGUUGACCCAAAUUCUCCUCGCUACACAUGGCCGAAAGGAAUUGUAAUUAGUGCCAUUAAAGCAAGGGACGGGCAGACCAGGAGCGCCAUAGUGCAGACUACUCGAGGGCAAUAUCAUAUGUAG